UACUGACCUGUGAGUACUGACUUUCCAAGGAACUUAGAGUCUAAUGAAAGAGGCAAGAACUGUCCUCUCUGCUCAGAGAACUGAGUCAAGCGCGUCUCCAGGACAGACAUUCAGGCAGAGCAAGCUCCAGGUUUCACCACAAUGCCCAUCCCUGCCUCCCCACUCCACCCAUCUCUGCCUUCCUUACUGCUGUAUCUGCUGCUUGAACUGGCAGGAGCCACACAUAUGUUCCAUGUGCAACAAACAGAGAUGUCGCAGACUGUAUCAACUGGGGAGUCAAUCAUCUUGAGUUGCAGCGUACCAGAUACCUUACCAAAUGGACCUGUCUUGUGGUUCAAGGGAACAGGGCCAAACCGGAAAUUAAUCUACAAUUUCAAACAAGGUCACUUUCCCAGAGUAAAAGAGAUUGGAGACACCAACAAGCCUGGCAACACAGACUUUUCCAUCCGCAUCCAUGAAAUCUCUCUUGCUGAUGCUGGCACCUAUUAUUGCGUGAAGUUCAUAAAAGGGAAAGCUACCGAGGAGUACCAAUCAGGUCAGGGCACUCAGGUGUUUGUUACAGAGCAGAAUCCAGGACCUCCCCAAAACAGACCUACAGGCAGAGCAGGCUCCAGGGUCCACCACGAUGCCCGUCCCUGCCUCUCGGCCCUGCCUGAGAGAAACAACAGAAACGAUUUCAUCCAUCCCUGCUGCUGCCUCUGGCUGCUGGGACUCACAGGGGAGUGCCCCCACCCUCAGGUACCAUGGUGCAGGGAUGCUCUCCUGAGUUUGGCGGCCGUAUCAUUUGGCCACCUGCAGUGGGGCAGAUGA